UGUUCCAUAGUAGUUUGUACGCGCGAAGGCCGGUAGGAUCUUCACGUUUAAUUGAUACGUCCAUCAGAAGUGAAAUAGAGAGGUUCUGUGAUAAUGGAAUUGAAUUCUAAUAAUAUAAAUCACACGCAGACCGAACUUGAUUUCGAUCCGAGUAAGCCUCCGCCGCAGCCUCCGCCGUAUGUGAAAGCAAAGAGAUUUGUGCUUCACCCAGAAAAAGAUACAUUUGACUUCGUAAAGGAGAGACAAAUCCGAAGACCUACUAAUACUAUAGAAUCAACGGGGCAUCUUAUAAAAGGCUGUCUCGGAGGAGGUAUUCUGGGUAUUCAUGAGGCCUAUAUGAAAUCUGGGCUAUGGACGUCUUUAUUUAUAACAGUGAUUUUCGGGUUUUAUAUAGCGUACUGCAUGCAUAUACUAGUGAAGUCCGCUCAAACCUUAUAUAAGAGGCUGCAUCUCACGGAGAUGUCAUACCCAGACUUAGCUGAAGCGUCGUUGGAAGUAGGUCCAUUUCCAAAAUUAAGAAAAUACAGCAAAAUAUUUAGAUAUGCUGUCGACACAGUAAUUUGUAUAGACCUAUUCGGAGCUUGUUGCGUUUACCAAAUAAUCAUCGCUAAAACAAUCAAAGAAGUUGUAGAGGCCAGUACAGAAGAGCAACAAUAUGACUUAAACCGCCUGAGACUGUAUAUAUUCGCUCUACUCAUACCUGUGUUAUUGCUUUGUAUGAUAACCACAUUGAAAUAUUUGGCACCAUUCACAUUAAUUGCUGAUGUUUUUAUUGUCGCAUGUGUUGUCGCAACGAUAUACUAUGGAUAUAAAUCCGCUCCGCCGUUGGCUUCAGUACCAGCUUGGAAGGACGGAAUUGGUUUCUUCGAAUUCUGCGGCAUCGUAGUCUUCAGUAUGGAGGGUAUAGGAGUUUCUUUGCCAAUAGAGAAUAAUAUGAAAGAACCUGAGAAGUUUCCGAAGAUACUUGCUGCGGGUAUGUGCGUGGUCGUAUUAUUCUUAAUGCUCGUCGGAUUCUUUGGUUAUUGGGGCUUCGGAGAGAAUUCCAUAUCGCCGGUUACAUUGAAUUUUCCCACCGAAAUUUUUCCAACCGUCCUGAAAUGUUUGAUGGGGGUGAUGAUUUUCAUAACGUUCGCUCUAAACUUCUGGGCCCCCUUCAAUCUGGUGUGGUAUUACGUAUCAAAGAAACACAGUCCAAAGAAAUACUGGCUUUGGGAACGCAUAUACAGAUCCAUAUUCGUGAUUGCGAUCACAGCCAUUGCAAUCGCCUUCCCGAAUAUCGGUAAUCUGAUGGGACUGCUGGGUGCGUUUUGCCUAUCAAAUAUGGGUUUCAUUUUCCCGGCGUUUAUAGAGCUGUUGGUUAUCUGGGAGAGCCCUGGCCUCGGCAGGCUGUACUGGAGAUUUUGGAAGAACAUUUUCGUUAUACUGAUAGGAGUGUUGUUAUUCGUCGCUGGCACAUAUUCUAAUGUAAAGGGCCUGAUAAAUAGUUUGUAAUUAGGUUAUACAAUAGUUAUUUUAAUUUAUUUUUAUACCAAAUAGAUUUAUUUUAAACUGGACAUAGCUUCACCCGAGCAUAAGUUACUUUUACAAUAUAUAUGCAUAUAAAAAUAUAUAUUUUUUCUAAUAUAAAAAUAGAUUAAGUUACUCCUUAUAACAUCAGCUGGUCUAUUGAAAUCACAACUAAAUCGGUGUAGCCGUUCCAGAGAUUAGUAGGAACAAACAUACGUACAAAUAUUGUAAAUGUCAUAUUUGUAAACAUUCAUGCCAAAAAAUAUAUAUAUAUUAUUUUUACUAUUUAUAUAAAUUCCUUAGAGUAUCACACAUACGAUUUAAUUUUCUUAGCUUCAUCAUUCACGCUUUCUUUUUAAUUAAUAAUUCAAGCAGUAAUUACUUUACAUUAUAUAAAUUAUAGAUAAAAUAAAACAGCAGAUACAAAUAAAUAAUUUAUUAUAUCUAUAAACGCUAUUUCGUUAAUUUAAGUUUUAUUAUACUGUUAAAUGAGGUUCACAAAAAAAUAAAUGAAAACGUCGAAUUCCAAAUUCAAAAAUGAAUUAAAAAAAUAUGUUCUAACUUUAAAACGUCAAAAAGUGUUUGGACCUCGUUAUAUAAUACAUAUAUAUAUAUCAGGGUUACAAUACAUCAUAAUAAAUAAAUAAAAAAAAUCUAUGAAAUUAUAAAGAAAUAUUUCACAUUUUAUUUAAUUAAAAAGUACAAAAAAAAAAAAACAAUUUCUUCCAUUUUCAUUAACUAAUCUAUUAUUAACGACUAAGAUAUAUUUUUGAGGUUUCAACUAAAUUAAAAUUAAAAGGAACAAAACAUCCUUUUAUUGUACACUACAAUAAAUAUAAGCUUAUAAAAUUUCGUGUUCCCUAUUCCUUAAUUUUGUAUAUCAUACAAACGAUACGGAAAUUUUAUUGUAAAUUACAUAGAUAUAUACUAAUAAUAUUAAGGUACAAAAUAAAAUUAAUGUAAUAGAAAACAAAAUGUAUAUACGUUAUUAACUAGACAAAAUGAAUACCGUAUCAAUAAAUUAUGAAAGAAUAACACAGCCAAAUUUUAUUUAGAAAUAACUGCAAAUCAUAAUAUUUCAAAUUCAAUUUCGUUCGUACAUCAAUUUGACAAAUACUUCCUCGUAUGUGAUUGGUCGAUAUUUGUCAACAUUAUGCCGCGUUCAUUUCGACCAAUCAGAACCGAGCAUUCAAAACGUACAAAAUCCGCCAAAUUU